CAAAAGGAAAACAAACCUACCCACUCCCGAAAAAAAAUGAACAAGUUCAUCGUUGUUGCUAUGCUGAUGAUGGUUGCUGCCGCCGCAGCUGCACCACAAUCGUAUCCAUCAGAGCCUAGUGCCAAACCGUCUUAUGACGAAGCUCCAAUGCCGUACAGCUUCGACUGGAACGUCAAAGAUGACGAGAGCAAGAACGACUACGGACACAAGGAGAUCAGUGAUGGCAAAGUCGUGACUGGAUCUUACCGCGUUGUCCUGCCCGAUGGCCGCACUCAGAUCGUCACCUACAAGGCCGAUGAAAACGGAUACGUCGCCGACGUCAAGUACGAAGGUGAAGCCCAAUAUCCAACACCCGAAUACAAACCGGCCAGCAAAUACUGAAUAUUGUGAACAUAAUGGUUUAUUGUUUGUGUAUUUAUUUUUUGAGACUCAAGUGAAAUGAACCGAAAUAUAAUUACGUGAAAACAUCAACAAAACAUU